GUGCUGCGGGUUGGGAUAGAAACGUCAUCAGAGUUAAAAUGCGGAUCUUGUCCAUUUCGGGAGAGGAAGGUCUGUCAUCAUCACUAUCAGAUGCGUCUGCACUUCCUGCUGGGAAUGAUCGAUCACUCAGAGUGAGUCCUGUAGGAGAUGGAGGAGACUGAGCAAAGCUGGAAGAAAUGACAAGGAGUCCCGAAAUCUCGGAGCAGCGACAGAUGAGUUUAUGAAGGAUACAUGAGCUGGUGAGAUGGAGGAAGCGUACAAUGAACUCUACCAGCAGUUUCUCUGCCUGAGGUCCCUUUGCCUGAGACAGGCAGCUCUGCUACAUGAACUCAAAACAGCUUUGCAGAAACAGCAAGGUACCACUGUUCCUAAUGGAGAACUUAGUGAUGCAAUGUCCCUCCCCGUCCAGUGUACCCAAGAAAUCCUUGUAAAUCUCCAUGACGGGCCUCAAACACUAACAGCCAAGGCACCCAAACCUGCAGCACAAUGUGGUGUCGAUUGGCCCUCUAGAAACCUUGGGACUUUUUCGGAUCUCCUCGCUGAGGAUAUGUCUAAGCUCUGUAUGGAAGUGCCUCGUCAGAGAAAGGAAGAUGGGACGACUGAGCAAACGGUUGCACCCCUUAUAAGCCAGGACAUCACUAAGUGGCCAGGAGCGUGUUCCAAUGUCUUAAAUAAUCCAAAGCAUGCUGAUUCUUGUUGUGGAGACAGGACAACGCACACUGUAGGGAUGCCUAUGACAGACACUCCCUCCCUGGUUGGACACUGCCUGAGUCAGUCUGGUGGGAUGCUGAUGUCAGAUGUAGCGCUACAGUCUCACGUUUGUGACUUCUGCCAGGCGGUUUUCCCUGGAGACACAACCACCGGAGGAGAGUUCCUGCGACAUCUUUACACCCACGUCACCUAGACUGAUCUGAUUUGUCCUUCUGACACACGAGUUGUGUGUUCACAUGAUAUGCAGUGAUGGAGCAGGUGUAGCUCAUUUCACCUGAUCUCUGGAAGCAGCAUUGAAAUCAACCUGCACUUCAUAUUGUUAGCUGUUUACCUGUGGAUGAACUGUGCAGAUGCUGAUGGAGGAAUCAUUUUCUGUUUCCUUUUUUUUUUUUUUAAGAUAUUUUUUGGGGCCUUUUAGCCUUUAAUGGACAGGACAGAUAAGUUUGAAAGGGGGGGAGAGAGAGAGAGAGAGAGAGA